AUGCAGGCGUCCCAGAAGGGUAUCUGUAUCUGUUCUAUUUUUACUGACCAGUUGCGGUCUGGCUUCAGCUUAAUACCCCCAUCCUUUCCUCAUCUCCUCACAGUCUGAAAUCUUCCAUCCUUCAGCCAGCACCUCCCUCCCGCCUGGACUGCGCUAGGCACACAAUUCAAUUGCACGAUGCCUGAACAGUAAAGGAAAUCCAAAAUCACAGCCUCGCGCAAACUCCUUUUGAAGAGUUUGAUGCUGGCUAAAGCUAAAGAACAGUGGGAACAAGAGCAAGUGGACAAACAAGGAGAAAAGGAGAGGUAUUUGGCAGAGAGGGUCUCACCUCUGCGGACCAGUGGACUUUCGUUUGCCCAACUCCAGGAUCUGUGCAGAGAGCUACAUGAGAAGGUAGAUGUUGUGGAUGAGGAGCGAUAUGACAUUGAAGCAAAAUGUAACCACAACAUGCGGGAGAUUAAAGACCUGAAAUUGAAGGUGCUUGACCUUCGGGGAAAAUUCAAACGUCCUCCCUUGAGGAGGGUCCGUGUCUCUGCAGACGCUAUGCUUAGGGCUCUGCUUGGCUCUAAGCACAAAGUAUCCAUGGACUUGAGAGCCAACCUCAAGUCUGUCAAAAAGGAGGACACAGAAAAGGAGCGUCCUGUAGAAGUGGGUGACUGGCGUAAGAAUGUGGAGGCCAUGUCAGGAAUGGAAGGCAGGAAGAAAAUGUUUGAUGCUGCCAAAUCGCCAACAGGACAGUGAGAAGGCCUGCAUGGAAAGAUGAAGAUCCUGUCGCACAGAGUCUGCACCUCUUUUUUCCCUUCCCGCCCCCCUCCCACCCCCAGUGCUCCAUCACCUUGCCUCAUCUUCCUGCAUUAGCUGUAGAGUCGCUGCAUGUACAGACAUUAUUAAAAGAUCACUAUGACUUUGCACUUCA